UUUUCCUUUCAAAGCUUUCAGUUACUUGAGUCAGAAUUAUCUACUACUAUAAAUUAACCACAUCUUCAAUAUCCACGCUCUCACCGUCACCGCCUUUUGUUUUUUAUAUGUUUCGUGAAACCAUUGCAUUAUACCAAAGAAUCACCACGCAGACAGAGAGAGAGAGAGAGAACCCUUUUGAUUUAAGAACAAGUCAAGCACAAGGCUUCAGGCAAACCCAUUUGGUCCUUUGGUAGAGAGAAAGGCUUUAAGAUCUGAGGAAAGAGGGUUUUAUUUUCAUUUGGUUUUGGUUUGGUGUGGUUCGAUAGUUGGUGCCUUGUUGUUCUUGUUCUGGAAUUUGUGGGUCUUGGAGGGUUGGUUUUCUUUUCACAAAUAUGGCCAUUCAAGCGCAGAUGUAUUCGGAGAAUCUUGGGUUUCCAUUGUGCAGCUCGCAGGAUUGGAUCAUUGACAAUGGUUGCGGUGGUGUCGGUGUCCCCAAUCACUUCGGUUAUAAUCCCCAGCAGAAACAGCAAUUACAGCAACAACACUUGCAGCAGCUACAAAAUCAGCAGCAGAGGAAUCAAAAUCUGUUUUUUGAGAACGGUUCUCUUGUUUCUGCUAUGAAAAACAAUACCAAUGCCGUCACUUUCAAUAGUCAUCUACCAAUUAUGCAGCAUUCUCAAAGCAUAGCUUCUCAGUUUGAGAGUCAGAGGCAAGAGAUCGAUCAGUAUAUUAGAAUACAGAACGAGAGAUUGAGAUUAGUAUUGCAAGAGCAGAGAAAGCAACAGCUUACAGGACUGUUGAAGAAAAUCGAAUCAAAAACAUCAGUUUUGCUGAGACAGAAGGAUGAGGAAAUUGCAAAAGGGGUUAACAGAACAAUGGAGCUCGAAGUUUUCUUGAGAAGAUUGGAGGCAGAGAACCAAGCUUGGCAGAGAGUGGCUCAAGAAAACGAGGCCAUGGUUGCAUCUCUGAACAACACUUUAGAACAGGUUUUAGAAAGGUCCCCUUGUGGCAUCAACAAUGGAGCUGAAGAUGCAGAGUCUUGCUGUGAUGUAGAUAGAAACCUGGAACAACGUGAAGAAGAAGAAGAAGAAGAAGAAGAAGAAAAGCAAAACAGAGAAGGGUUGUAUAUGUUGUGUAAAAGCUGUAACAUUCGGGAUUCGUGUGUGCUGUUCCUUCCUUGUAGGCACCUUUGUUCAUGCAAAGCUUGUGAGGCUCUUCUCGAUUCUUGCCCCGUCUGUGGAAUGGCAAAGAAGGCUAGCAUAGAGGCUUUAAUUUCCUAGGCAAACUUUCCGGGAAAAGUAAAGAAAGGCAAACUCGAAAAAUAUGGUUGGUGUUGAUGAUAUGAUGAAUGAACAGAACCAGUUUAGAUACA